UAUAACAGAUGGAAACUAGAUCAACUGGGCUACUUGAUGGACCACAGAACCUCUUUGUAGUUUAACUGCAGCUCAUUUGAUACAUCAUGGGAGAUGGAUCUGUCCGUGGUGAUGUGGUGCCAGGCAUGGCACCACUGCCUGGAAGACGUACCUUGAGGAGAAAACAGAGAGCUAAACCAACAUAUCUUGAACAGAUUAACACCAAUGUCAUUGCAUCUUUCAAGAUCAACCCAUCAUACAAUGCAGAUAAUUUCACAGUGUUACGCCCUGAUAUGGGUCAGUGUUGUCGGUGUCUUCCAAUCAGUCAGCGAGAACUUGUCACUGACAAUACGAGUGAUGCUGGUAUGAGGAAUAUAUUUGAUGUGACGACCGAACUUCGCUCACGGAGAUUGCUCAUCAAGUCAUUUGCAUGUUUCGUCUUUGCCAUGCGGAGAUCUAAGCAGAAGAAAUACCCUGAUGUUUCCUUAGCUGUUUUAAGAAAUGAAAGAGUUGUUGAAGCUAUAAAGCAAGCUUCAUCAGAGGAGGUGUCAGGUUCCAGUGCAUCUACAAUACAAUACUCUAAAAGCUUAGCUCGCUGUCAGAAAAGAGCAAGAAAAUAUUUAAAGAAAAUGAAAGCAUCUGUAUCAAGAACAUUAAUAGGGUUUACGGGUUGGUUUUUGCUCAAGUUUCUCAGUAUAUUCCUGCGAACUAUUCAGGUUCACAAAAACCAAAUCAAGAUGCUUCAGAACACUGCCAAGAAAGGAGUACCGGUUAUAUAUCUCCCACUUCACAAGAGUCACUUAGACUAUAUUCUUGUGACUUUCUUACUUUGGAACAUCAACGUCAGGGCUCCGUAUGUUGCAGCUGGGGACAACUUGGAUAUUCCAUUCUUUGGUGCUUUGAUGAAAGGUUUGGGAGGAUUCUUUAUUCGAAGAAAGUUGGACCGAGAAUCUGACAAGAAAGAUGUUAUUUAUAGAAAAUUGCUUCAAGUGUAUAUGCGGGAACUGCUGAAGAGAGGUGAAUCGUUUGAGUUCUUUAUCGAAGGAGGUCGCACACGGUCCGGAAAAACUAUGACACCAAAGGCCGGUCUCUUAUCUGUUGUGGUGGAUGCUUGUAUUGAUGGUUUUGUCCCUGAUGCUUAUGUUGUUCCUUUGAGCAUCAGCUAUGAGCGACUAGUGGAUGGAAACUUUUGUAGAGAGCAAAUGGGUGAACCAAAAGUGUCUGAAUCAUUUUUUGGAGCAGUACAAGGCAUCCUCCAGGUGAUCUGCGGGAACUUCGGCAGUGUGCGAAUUGAUUUCUGUCAGCCAUUUUCUAUCAAGGAAUAUAUCCAGAACAAUCCAGCACUAAUGGGGAAACCACUCUCACCAACGUCAUCUACAGAGGACUUCUCCCCAUCAAUGAAUGGCGAGUUACAGUCUUCGUCUUCCCGGAUCAGUCUACAGUUUGACAGUACCGAACACUGUCGUCGCCUCGUGAAGGGACUGGCAUUUCAUGUAGUAUACAAUGCAGACCAUGCAACAGCUCUGAUGUGUACAAAUAUGCUAGCUUUUCUCCUGCUGACCAAACACAGACAGGGCGCUGCUCUUUCUGAAGUUGUUGCCAGUUUUACAUGGCUGCGAGAAGAAUUGAAAAUGCGAAACAGGGAUGUUGGCUUUUGUGGAAGGAACGAACAUGUUGUCGACUAUGCCUGUGAUAUUCUUGGGGAAAAUCUUGUCCUAGUAAGUUGUGAUGAUACGGAAGUCAAGAUUUUCCCAAACAUUUCAUUGCCAUAUGUUUUUGAGCUUAGUUACUAUGGCAACAGCGUCAUAUCUGCUUUUCUUCUGGACAGCAUUUUAGUGAAUGCUGUCCUCUAUGUUGGAAAUAUCAACCUGCAGACCACAGACGAGUAUGGGAGUGAGGAUGUUUUCGUUUCACGAGAGAACAUUUUGAAGAUCGCAGAGCAGCUGUGUCGACUUCUCCAGCAUGAAUUUAUUUUUGUUCCGUCGUGUACCAAGCUGGUGGACACGCUGAUGGAAACCCUGGACCACCUGGUGUCUAUACAGAUCCUCAGCCUGGAGGAGAGUGAGUGCGACAUAGAGUACAGCACGUUUGAUCGACAGUGGGCAAGUCGGCUCUCCGCGGCCGUGUCCUGGGCCGAUGAGGACGAUGAUGCUGAAGAAGACAGCUACGUCGCAGAGAAACCUCUCAAGGUUAAUAUUUAUGAAGCCGAGACAAAGUCACAACUACAAUUCUUUCAUCAGGUGCUAGCCCCCAUCAUGGAAUCCUAUCUUAUUACAGCAUAUCACAUUUCUCACAAUCUCCAUACAGAGGUUCCAGAGGCUGAUUUUGUAAAGCAGCUGGGAAGCCUUGCAAGGGGAAAGGAUCAAGUUAUAUAUGCUGAAAGUGCUGCAAUGAAUACACUUAAAAAUGCUGUAAAGUCGUACCAUGACAUGGGCAUCAUCGAGUGCUAUUCCGCUGGCAAUCUGCGUAUGGUUGGACCUGGAGAUGACUCGCGGGCCAAGGAGGACUUGGACAACUACAUUGAUAUUCUAGAGGUUCUGAAGGAGUGAGCGGAAAACAUAGUCAGUGUUGUGUUUACCAUGGAGGAAUUCAUGCAGCCGUUUUGUUAUGAGAUUAUUGUGCAUUUAACAGGAGACAUGCAUGUCCUAGACAGGUGGUUGAAAUGUGUAAUAGUAUUACCACAUAUGAAUUAAUGUAGCAUCCUGUUGCUGUAUGUAUCACUGUGCAUUACCAGUGACCCACCACCAAAGGCCAUGGUAUGUGCUGUCCCAUCUAUGGGAAGGUGCUUAUAAAAGAUCCCUUGCUGCAUAUGCAAAAAAUAUAGAGAGUUUCCUCUAAGAUUGUGCGUCCAAAAUUACCAAAUAUUUGACACUCGGUAGCCGAUGAUUAAUAAAUCAAUGUGCUAUAGUGGUGUCAUUAAAACAAAACAAACUUUAAACUUUAGUAGAAGACCUGUACCCUAGACAGAGGACAAAAUGUGUGCUUGUAAUAAAAAGUGGUAAAACAUUUACAUUUAUUGCAACAUGUGAAUUCAUGUUGUCGUUUAAUUAAUCAAUGUGCUAGUGGUGUCGUUAAACAAAACAGACUUAUUUAUUUCGUGUUAUCAUCUUACUGGAGUACUGUGAAGACUUAUGACUGAAGACAGGAGGAGGAAACAGAUGUGUGAUAAAAUGUGAUUAGUAACUACUAUUUAACAUUUUAGAAUUGUGUAGCAAUCUCGGGAACUUGCAUAGCAAACUGAACAAAAUGUCCUGUAGAUUGGAUGUGUGGCAAGAUGUGGUGAAAACGUCAGCAUUGCCUCACAUGGAAUCAUGUUGCCUUCUUGCUAUUGGAGAUUCAAUUUCCAGAAAAUAUCUGUCAUAAACAGACCUUUUAGAGAAGUUAGCAUGACAAAAUGUGUAAUACCAAGUUGUUUUGUUUUUUUAUAUCCUUUCUCAUUUCUUCCCGAUCUGGCCACUCCUAUCUUUUAACUUCUUUCGCUGUCCACCUCCACAUCCCAGUCCUUGUCUCUCCA